AUGAUCGUUUCUUAGUGCGAUUCUUGCGAUGCUGUAAUUAUAGUUUAGAGAAAACGAAGAAUCUGCUAGACUUAUGUUACACAGUUAGAUCACAAGCGCCCGAACUGUUCUCAAACCGUGAUCCAGCAUGCGAUGCUAUUGAAAAUAUACUCAACAUAACAGAUAUGGUACCGCUGCCGAAAUUAACCAGAGAAAAUUAUAAAAUAUUCAUAUACCGUUUAACAGAUUCAGAUCCAGAGAAAUACAUUUUUGCAGAUGCCUUAAAAACGUUUCUGGCGGUAGCUGAUUUACGAUUAAACUUUAGUGACGACUUUCCGGAUGGUGAAAUUCCUAUAUUUGAUAUGAGUGGAUUUACAUUAAAGCAUUUGUACAAGGUCCAACUACCAAUACUAAAGAAAUAUAUGGUUUAUACACAGGAAGCUCAUCCCGUACGACUGAAGCAAAUACAUGUUGUCAACGUCUCGCCUUUCCUAGAUAAAGCAAUGGCAAUCGUGAAACCGUUCAUGAAAACUGAAGUAUCUGCUAUGUUACACUUUCAUCAACCGAAUUCUACGACUCUAUAUAAGUAUAUUCCGCAAGAAUUAUUACCCGAAGAGUACGGAGGAAGAGUAGGGAAAAUAUCAGAUAUCAAAGCUGCCUUGAUUAGAAAGAUGUGCGACAAUGACAGUCGUAAUUUUUUCUUGGACGAUUCCAGAUGGAAUGUAGACGAAUCAAAAAGACCUGUUGAAAAUAAACAUGGAAAGCAAUUUUUUGGUUUGCAAGGAUCAUUUAGAACAUUGACGAUUGAUUAAUUAUUUACUAUUUAGGUAGAGUUAACUGCACAGUAGAAAUAGUGAUACUCACAUUUGUAAACUUAGAAUCUGUGAAGAAGAGUAAUUCGUCUGCAUAUGUGAUUAUCUCUUUCUCAUACAAUAUAAAACCGACAUAAAUCGGUUGUCUUUGAUAAACGCAUUUCAAAUUAUCUUCUUUAGAGGUUGAAGUAAUACAGAAUCUAUAUGAUACCUUCACUCUUUAGGGUUCUUCCAAUUUUUCUGUAGAAGUUGACUAUCUGUGGGCAUUUAAUAGCAUUAUCCACUA